CUCAAUCUCUUCUUUCUCUCUCUUCUCUCUCUUCCCACUCUCUCUCUAACCAACAAUUUCUUCUUCUUUCUCUAAGCUCCCUCCUGGAUUUUGAUCGAUUUGGGGAUUUUGAUUUUGAUUCUGAUUUGGGUUUUGAUUUUGAUUUUGUUUGGGGGGCAUUUCCUGUUUCUUCUCUCUGUCUUCUCUUCAUGAGAGCUUGCCGUUCAGAGGGAAAUUAAUGGGGAAGUACAUGAGGAAAACCAAGACCGCCGGCGAAGUUGCUGUCAUGGAGGUUUCGCAGUCCUCUCUUGGGGUUUUGACUCGGGCGAAAACCCUCGCCUUGCGUCGCCUCCAGCAAUCUCCGCCGYCCUCGGCGUCUCCGCCCGGUUCCGGUUCCUACCUUCAGCUCCGGAGCCGGCGGCUCGAGAAGCCGCCGGUUGCGUUUUCCGGCCAUGAGUCGAGGAGGCAGAAGCAGAAUCACAAAGAGGGGUGCACGCGGAACCCUAGGACGAGCCCUAGCCCUAGCCCUAGGGUGAGUUCUAGUUUGAGGCCGGCCAUGACUGAGAGGUCGGUCUCGCUUGGGCGUGUGAAUGAUGAGGGGGAUCAGACGGCGGAGGAGAAAUCGGCCGGGAAAAUUGAUGAAAUUCAUGCGAGUGGAAGCAAGAACGAGAAUGUUGAUUUGGUCGUCGAAGAGGCUUCGUUUGGAGAAAAUGUUUUGGAUUUCGAAAGUAGAGAGAGGAGUACCCGGGAAUCUACUCCCUCCAGUUUGAUAAGGAAUCCCGAUAUCAUUAGAACACCCAGUUCUACUACCAAGCCAACGACCAGUGCMAUCGAAACUAACCACAGAAAUAAUUACUCAUCUAAUCGACACAUACCGACAGCUCGUGAAAUGGAUGAGUUUUUUGCUCUUGCUGAAGAAAAGCAACAGCGACACUUCAUUGAGAAGUACAACUUCGACCCCGUGAAAGAUACGCCGCUUCCAGGCCGCUACGAGUGGGAGAAGUUGCAACCAUAGAAGAUUAUAGCGCGUUGUUCCAUCAGGACUCCUUUUCCUGCUUAUUUUCGAUUGGUUUUGGGCUUGGGUUUUCAAAAGUAGCAGCAGGAAGGAAUUAGUCUAACCUUAAAGGGCGAUGGUGUUAUUUCCUUUUUCCAUCAUCCUUGUUAACUUGUAAAGGAGUAGUAAGACCUCUCAAAACCCAAAAAGAAAGAAAAAAAGAAGUGUAAACUAAUGUUCUGUAACAUAACAGAGGUUAUGAUUUACACACCAAAUACCCAUCAAAGUCCAUUGUCUAGCCAUGUUACUGAGAGGGGAAGGAAAGAGGGUCUGCAGUUUAGUGGUAGGGUUAGUAGUUAGUUCAGGCAACUAGGAAACUCUGUGGUACAGAUAAUUUACUUAGAAUUUUUUUUCGUUUUCUCUUCCCCCCUUUGUAGUACUGUACUCCCCUCCGCUCCUCUUCUUUGUCUAUACUUGUACUGAUGGAACUACAAACCAACAACCUGUGGAAUAAAAACUAACCCUUUGUGUCUCUCUUCA